GUCACGGGAGCUAUUGGGGAGGCCGCCCCAUCUCUCGGAGGCCACCGAGGGACUAAGGGUGAUCUGUGCACCCAGUCCUGGCAGGGGGAAAGGACCACAGGUCCCUUCAGCCUAGGGGGGCCCCUGGAGUCUCCUAUUCCUCCACACCAGGUGCAAGAGUUCCAUUCCCUCUGGCGGUGGAAGGGUUAACCACAUACCUGGGCAGCUGCGUCUGGCACAUCAGACCUCAGCAGGGGAAGUGCCAAUGCUGCAGCUGGUGAGGGGCUGCGGGGCGCUGGAGCCCAGAGAGAAUGAGCCCAAAGCCUGAGCGGCUGCACGGCCCAGUGAGCCAGCCCCCGGCUCCCCCACGGCUCUUGGGGCUGCCAGAGUCCCUGCUCCCCACACUGGUUGUUUUCCCCAGGAGCCCAGCAGGCGAACAGGAGGGUUCCACAGACAGGAAGGAAACAUGUCUCCAGGUGGUGGUCAGGGUUCGGCCCCUGACCUGCCCGGAGCUCCGCAGAGGGGACCAGCGUGUGGUGCACUGCCUUGGCGACAACACCAUCUACGUGAAUGUGGCCGGGCAGGAGGCGGCCUUCAGGUUAAGUGCCGUGUUCGAUGCAGGCACGUCCCAGGAAGCGGUGUUUGAAGGCAGCGGGAUGAAGCGACUCAUAGAGCUGGCAGCAAAUGGGUUCUCCUGCACUGCCUUUGCCUUCGGCCAAACAGGCUCUGGAAAGACCUACAGCUUGAUGGGACCCUUAGCCCAGAGCGCGGGCCAGCCGGUGACUCCCUACCUCGUGGGGCUGAUGCAAAGGGCCUUUGUGUGUCUCCUGGAGCAGACACAGUGCUACAGACCCAGCCUCGUGCUCAGUGCCUCCUACGUGGAGAUACACAAUGAACAGGUGAGAGACCUGCUGAGCCCAGGGCCGCCCAGGCCCCUGCCCGUGCGAUGGAGCAAAACCAGGGGCUUCUACAUCGAGAACUUGCUGACCGUGGAGUUUGGGAGCCUGGAGGCCAUCAUGGACCUGCUGCAGGAAGGCACCCGACGGCGGCGGAGUGCCGCGCAUGCGCUGAAUGGGCACUCGAGCCGCAGCCAUGCCCUGCUGACCAUCCGCAUCCACCGCCAGGCUCUAAGCCCAGACCCCAGCUCCCGCCAGCAAGGCGUGCUCUGCUUCGUGGACCUGGCCGGCAGCGAGAGGGUGAAGGACACCGGCUCAGCUGGGGAGCGCUUAGUGGAGGCCAGCAACAUCAACCGCAGUCUCCUGGCUCUGGGGCACUGCAUCUCUCUGCUGGUGGACCCCAGACGGAGGCGAAGUCACAUCCCGUACAGGGACAGCAAGCUCACCCGGCUGCUGGCGGAGUCCCUGGGCGGAUCUGGGAUCACGCUCAUGGUCGCCUGCAUCUCCCCCUCCUUGCGCUGCCUCCCGGAGACACUGCGCACCCUGCGCUUUGCCAGCAGGGCCCAGAAGGUCACCACCAAGCCUGUGACACACAGGGUCUCCCGGGAGAAGCUGCUGAGAAGUUUGGAGCAAGAAAUCCAGGCCCUGCGGGAGGAAAACCUCUCUCUGCGCCAGCAGCUGCAUCUGCCCAGGAUACGGGGCGAGAGCCCAGCCACCCACAACCCCCCCACCCAGCUGCCCGAGUGCCAGGGAGAGAGCCGUGCCCCCGGGCAGAGAGGGGCCCCAAGGAGAGCACCCGGCUCGGCCAGGCGCAGCCUCUCUGACCUCCUGCAGGACUUUGUGCUGGAGAACGAGCAGCUCAGGCACCUGGAGCCCUCCCCGGCCUUCAGCAGCUGGGGCCACGACAGACGCUCCCCCGAAGCUACCCCCGGCUCCUGCAGCAUCCAGGCCCCACCCUGCCCUCGUCCUGUCCCCGGCGCAGCCCAGUGCGGCCACACACUGGCUCCUGUCCACACCUGCCGCUGCCCCCCCUGCUGUGCUGUCCUGCCAGCCCAGGCCACCCCCUGCCAGCUCUCCCAGCUGCUGAUGGAGCUGCCGCCAUGGGAGGUGCUCGCUGCCGAGAGCAGUUCCAGGUUCCAGGGGGCCAAGCAGGGCUGCACUUGGGAGGACCCGGCUCAGCUCUGGCCCCAGCAGCACCCUGUGACUCCCUGGCUACUCCGUGGGAAAAGGAGCCUGAGCCGAAGGAAGAGCUCCACUGGCUGGUGUCUGCUCCCCAGAGAUGCCCGGCAGCCGGGCCCUGAGCCUCCCCCCGGCCUGGAGAGGCAGGUCGCGCCGUCAGCUCCUCCCCUGCCAGGGCAGCCAGGCAGCAGCACAGGGCGCCAAGCAGCAGGCGCUGACCCCGAGCUGCGGCUGGAGGAGGUGCUGGACUCGCUGCAGGAGCAGCUCCAACACUACAGCCUGCGGAACCAGGGCUCCAGCUGCACAAGAGACGCCCGGGACUGACUCUGCACAUGUGCCCCACACCAAGGGACCAAGUGAUCUAUUAACCCUCAAAGUGCCAUGGUGGAGCCCCCCACGGCCUGAUGCAUGGCCGGGACACAGGGCCACAGUCCCCUGCAGGCUCCGGGGAGGCAGGUGGGGUCUUG